CGGAAAAAGGGGAGCAGACUGAAGUUGUCCUUAACCCUUCUGACCGGUAGGUGGCGGUAUUGAGAUAGAAUGUUUUCUGCCAACAGCCCGUCUCGCAGCAGAAGAAGACCGAAAAGGAAGCGGGAAAUAGUGCAGGUCUGGCACGUUUUUUUUCCCACCGUUGGAAAAAAUUCAAACAUGGCUGAAAAACAAAUAUGGCAAAAGAUUGGGGAGAGCUUUAUCCAGGAGUAUUAUAACCAAUUUGAUAACACCAACAGGAUGGACAUUGCUAACUUAUAUUCUCCUGUUGCAUGUUUGACUUGGGAAGGAUCUCCAGUUCAAGGCAGGGAAGCAAUCGCUGCAAAACUAGUAGGCCUGCCUUUCAAACGCAUCAAACACGUAAUCACCGAACAAGACUUCCAACCCACAAUGGAUAACUGCAUCCUCAUUAUGGCUUUCGGACAAUUACAAGCGGACGAUGAUCCACCCAUGGCCUUCCAUCAGGUUUUCAUGCUGAAAUUCCAGGACAAUGCAUGGGUCUGCACAAACGACGUGUUUCGAUUGGGGAUUCACAACAUUCCAGUGUAGCAAUGUGGAUUUAGUUCAGUCAUUGACAGCAUUGUUUGUUUUUUUUAGUUAUCCUUGCCUUUCAAGAGGAAAAAAUGUAAAGUUUCUCAAUGCUUAUCAAGUAAAGAGUGUAAAGGGCAAAAAAAAAUGUUAAUUCAAUUAAUGGUAUUGUAUCCACCAUUCCAAACCUAACAAAUGUGUCAUUCAUUUUUCCACAGAGUUGUUCUUUUAUGCAAUUUUUGUCAUUAUAGAAGCUGUUAAAAUAAAAUAAAAAAAUUAAUAUUGC